AUCUUUCUGAGUACGACAAGACCUAUUGAUCAUCAUGGAGGCGGAAGAGCUGGAUCCCGUGCGCGCGGACGCCGCUGUGGCGAGCUCUAGCGCCGACACAAGCGAUCCAGGGCCAAUUGAAGAAGUAUCUGCAUCUAUAAGCGAAGGUAUGCCGCCGUCUGAAACCUGGGGGACGGGAGACGAUGAGGAUGGCUGGAUGCCCAAACCCGCACGCCUUCACUCGGGACGCACACGGUCCUGCGCCGUGUGUUUCGCACCACUACAGUACACAACAGCUACCAGUUGGGACGAGUUUCUACAGAGUGAGGAAUAUCUUCGUCAGCUGCAGGCCAACGUUCUGCAGGACGCAUUUAUCUCCUCACUUAUCUGCGGCGAAAACACGGCAGGUGAUCUGCCUACAGAGCACCGAAUGCACAAGAACAGAAAGCUCAAGUGUCGUCAGAGUGUGGCUGACUAUAGGAACAUGACGAGCGCCGGAGUUGUGGACAAAUCCGGCACUGAGAAGGGAUCAAUUAGGACUCUAGAAGAGAUGCUCAUUGAGGCUCUACCCACUCCAGUAUUCACUCACGUGCUGGAAAGGAGAUUAGCUGUGAUAUCGCACAGUACAAAGAUCGCCUGUGAACUCAUGAGCCAUGAUGGAGUGAAGAAGAUCCCAAGACCAGUGGAAACAGCACCGGGGAACGAGGAACUGCACCAUUUAGCAAUCCACACACUGGGAGCGCUGCUGGGGGCAUUUGAUUAUAACAACUUACAGGCAUUGAGGUCUUUUGAAGAGCUGUCGCAGCUAUUAACGUGCUUCCCAGUGCUUUCGUUGUUCUCGUUCUGGAGUCCGAUGAAAAAGCCGCCGGAUAAAGUGUUGCUGUUGGAUAAAGAAGAGGUGGAGGCCACGUCUGUGACGUCCAGUUCGGAUUCGCAUGGAGCGUUUGGUGCAGUAGAUGGGGUGGAAAACACAUUCUGGCAGUCACAACCGAGACCUGGCGUUGUGUAUUUUAUGGUAAAGUCGACGGAGUUGGAGAAGGUGACGUCCAUCGUGAUUCAUUGGCACAUGAAGUAUGCGCCGCAAACUGUCGGUGUGCAAUACCGUCCCGAGGGGAGUGACCGUUUUAUUCAACUGGUGGAGGACCGAAGCGUUUUUCCGUCUGGCGCUACUUCGAUCGAAACAAGCUUCCCACCGUCGUGUCAAGAGGCUCGAGUUGUCAUGGCGGGGACGCCAGCUUCGAACCGUAAUGGAACGUACGCGAUUGAGCAUCUGCGGUUGAAUAUGCCCGCUCCUGGCUCUCUGUUUGCCGAUCCCAAGUCAACUGUUAGUGCUAUUGCUCAUUGGCUUAUUGGUGCUUUGGAGACUGCUGAUGAGAUCAUGGCGACAGAAGCAAUUGGAGCUCUGAGGGCCUGGGCGUUGGCAACAGCAUCGCUUGAAGUUACGAUGCUGUUUGUGGAUUUGCUUCUACGCCUUAAAGUUGACAACGAAGAUCCACGCCGGUGUAGAAUAGCAGAGCUUGCACUGGAGCAAGGACUUCUCCUCCUGAAGGGAAUCAACGCUUAUCAUCGGGAAAAAUCACAGCGAUUGAAGCAUGAAGGAGAUAAGGUCGGCUUUGGUGAUGUUCGCAGAGUUGCCGCCGUUUUCGAGUCGUCUGUGUGCUCUACUGGCGUAGUUGUCGAGGAUGGAGGUAUUGUUGUUCGAACACGAGAAACGAGUUACCAGUAUGCAGCUGUGAAUUGUGGAAUAUCUUCUGGAAAAGCCUCGUGGAAAUUCCGUCUUGAUACGGACACACAGGACGACGAGAUGACUUGCUUUGGAGCUGCUAUCCUUCCUGUGACUGUGAAUGGUUAUGAUUCGUCCCCCAGUCUGUGGAUGCUUCGGGGUUACAAUGGCAAUUUAUACGCUCGUGGACACAAACUAUCUCGAACUAUAGGUAAAGUACACCCUGGAGAUAUUGUUCAAGUGGAUAUUGAUAUGGGCGAAGGCACAUUAGCGUACAAGAUCAAUGGGACGGAUUAUGGCGUCGUGUUUACUGAUCUUGUUGGCCACGAGGUACAUCCUGCUGUGUCAUUCUACGGCUCUGGGAAAGUAAUUACUUUGCUUGGAGUUACCAAGUGGGACUGUGCUAGCUCUGGACCAGCUGAUAUUGACCCAGUAUUCCUAUCUAGCAUGAGAGAACACCAUUUCUCUGUUGGAUACGGAACACUAGGGAAGGGGAGUCAGUUGGGGUAUGCGAGCAACGGUGACCCCAAUAAUCUAUCGGGAAAUGCACCACCUACCGGUAGCACUUUGAUUCACAUCAAUGGUGAGGCAAAGCAGCGCUGUCUAUCGACUCACCCACCAUCACACGGCGAUGCCUAUGUCAUAUACGACUUGUCUGAAGCGUAUUAUUUGAUCAGAGGUGCAGUCGCCAUCAAUGACGACACGCGCAAUGAAAUCCUCCAGACUCGUGGGGUUUCGCUGGUAUUCAAGAUCUUUGGCGACGAUAAACUGCUGUGGCAGUCGAAGCAGAUGUCUGAAACUCAUCAGAUCGAGCCGUUUGAAGUGAACGUGAACAACGUGCGGAUGCUGGAGCUUAAGGUGUCCUGCUCGGGCUCGAAUCACUGCGCGCAUGCGAUAUGGGUCGACCCUUCCUUGCAUCCUAUUGAGGAAUGGGCAUGCUCGAAUUGUUCUUUUGUCAACAAAGGCGCAUCAAAAGUGUGCACAGUUUGCAGAAAUGGAACUCGCGACGAAAGUUCGACGUCGGUGGAUGUUGCCACCUCAGCUGGUGUGGCGAGCGAAGAAGUAUCGACAGCGUUCGUGAGUGAAGAUGACGUUCAGAAGUCGGAGUCUCUCCGAGAUCUUGGCACCGCAAUCAUUAGUCAGAUCUACGAUUUGUACCAGCUUCAAUCGAUACAGUCAAGCUCGUUGAUAGCAUCCGCGAAGCCCACCGUCCAGUUUGAAGAGCCAUUUUGCCGCCAGCCCAGCAAGGAUGUAUUUUCCUUAUUACUCGCCAUUCUUCAGCGAUACCAUGCGCAAUGCUGUACGUUUGGAGAGGGUGAGGAUGCAAAACACGCUCGUGAUGGUUGUGCGCAUAUUUUGGAAAUUAUUAGUGCCAACUUGGAGAGCAUUGGGCGUCAUGAUGUGAAGGAUCUCGCAUCUGAACUGGGUGUGUCGUCUGAUUUGGUCGCUGAUCUACGACAAGAACUUGAAGCCAUUGCAUGCAUUCAUGAAGAAUCGAAAGGCCCUGGCGAGAGUUCAUCAUAUGAUAUCGACAAGGCCGCCGCUCAGACGAUUGUGGCUGGUAUCUCUGUCCUGUAUCCGUCUGCGCUUGAUAAACUGGAGCUGCUGCUUCAAUUGCUGCGAUUAUACAUCAAACACCCACUUGAUAUAACUUCAGCCAGCUUCUUUGUCCUGGCAUCAGUGAUGAAGCUUCUUGCAGCCCCAGGCCCAGAUGGAAUACUGACCUUCAUGCCUUUUAUGGCCGCUGAGGUAGCCAAGAGUAGAGGGGCCGGGUUCCAGAAUACCGAUGAAGGUGCAUGGCUUGCGGCAGUAACAGAAACAGUUGGGCUUCUAAUGCAGGUCGUGGUGAAUGAUCACAGGCAAAUUGCAACGGAUAAUGACACGUCGACUGCGACAGGCGAUGGGCUUUCCAACGUAGCCAUAUCCCUGCUCAAAACAUAUCAAUUAUAUCUGCUCUCAGAGGCUAUUGAAUCGACGAAGACGAAUGCAAUUGAGGACGAUCCGGCAAGUCCGAAAGAUGCGAAUGAGCUGAGAGUGAAGCUGCAACGAAGACUUCAAGUCCAGGAAGCAACGAUCCAAUUCGGAUUUCUAUCUCUGAACGCAUAUCGAGAUCUGGUCGACAGUAUCGUCGCCUUCCAGGCCGAUGAGUCGUUCCUGCUUUCCCAGACUGCAGCCGCUCGCCAAGCAAGUGUUCGUUCGUUUAAAACCCCGUUGCUAUCAGAGGUCUUCCCGUGGUUCGUGUCGUGCCUAUGCCUGCUACGUCGACAAACAUGGCUCGCUCGACCAAUACUUCCUGCUGUUGUAAUGCUUCUUGAGGCGUUGGACCACUACUGCUCAGAAUCUCAUAUUGCUAGCAAGUCUGCACACCGGUUCCAGCAACUGGAAUCCCAUCAGAAGGCAAGAUUGAUCGAGUCUCACGAAAUGGAGCGCGCUGCUGCGUUCGAAAGGGAUCCGAGUUUCCGAUCACACACAUCCAAGCGGUUAUAUAACGUGUUUCAUCAACUUUAUACCGGAGAAAAGGAUCAUUUUGAAGGUCAGAUUGGGUUCCAGUUUGAGGCCACAAGCUCGUUUAGUAUCGUCGCGCUUGGUCGCUCUGUCAAUCCAACGAGACAUGGUGGAAGGCUAACACGAGAGCACACAAUUCGGUUGUGGGAAGAGGGAUCACAGCUACUUGUUGCUCAAGUAACAGUCGGAGGAAGCUCCAAAAAGGACGCGUUAGGGUAUGCGCUGGAGAUGAUCCCGUCACCUGCGAGGAUUACGCAGGGAAAACUGUACCGGUUAACCACUCAAGAGUUUGCCAAUGGAGGAGAUCCGUGGUACAAGAAAGAGAAUCUACCCGAUGAAGAAUACGAUGAGUCCUUCAUCAAGAUCUUGCGAGACUGCUACGCAUCCGGAUCUGUGGGUUUUCCGGGAUCGCAGAACAUGAUGGGUGCUGCAUACGGAGUUCCAACGUUCUUGGUACAGGAUGAGAUUCCGUUGGCGAGUCUGCCACGGUUUAUCCCGCCACAUGGCUGCCUUUCGCUCCGAUUCAACACUAACAAGAAGCUGAACUCGGUCUGCAUCAGCCACACAGGAACGUCUGCGUACGUGAAAGAUGGCACAGAUACCUGGCGAACUUGUCUAUUGCGAACGGCGUUUCUUCAUGGCAUGCAUUCUGUUGACUUCGCGCUCAAAUGCUCGCGUGCUGGAGGCACAGUAUCAGGCCAUAUCUGUGUCGGAGUUGACUGGCGACGGCCACAGACCGGCAUCGUGUCCAAGCGAUCGAGUUACGAAACGUUUAUGGGAGAAACACUAUCAAGUAUCGGCUGGAUGCCGUCGAUUGGCGCUGUUUGGGUAAAAGGAAAGCGGUAUGAUUACGGUCCACAGCUUUCGGUUGCUGCCGGUGAUAUCUUUACGGUUAUAAUCGACUACGAUUCACAGCUGCUCUUGUUCGCGUACAACGGGAAGAACAUUGGAGUUGCAGUAGGGCCUCAGGAGUUCCAACCGCUUGGAACGACAAUUGACAGAUUACCUGAAGUGGUGACUGCUGGCGUGUCACUCUACGGAGCGCAAGAUGUCGUCCAUGUUCGUCCGUCAGGAAUCGCGAAGUCAACUCUUUGUAUCCAUUGGCUAUUCGACUUGCAUAACUCGCUAGCAUCGCUCGCAGGUCGUAUAGCUAGCACACUGAUUGCCGGGAACCCCAUUGAUGGCGUCGAGGAAGAGCUGUUACCUUGGUUGCAGUCACCUCUACUUAGUGGAGGAAUUGCUGAGAGUUGCGCUGGACAAGAUCAAUCCGCCAUGCGUUGGAGUGAUGCACUACAAGCCGAAUAUGACCGCUAUCCGUCAAGUGAAGACGCAGCUGGAACAAGAUCUUUGCCUCAAAACGUUGAGAGUGAAUCUGUCUUGAGGAAACGUAGCUCUGGCGGACGCUUAGAAGCUGAAGCUGUUAGACAGCGCGACUCUGGCUUUUGGGGACUUUGGACGGCAGACAUGACUGAGGGUGGAAUCGUGCAGCUUAUUAUGUCGUGGCUAGAAAAGCACAGCCCCGACCGUACCUUCUUGAGUCGUCUUGGAAGAUUCCCGUCUUGUGAACGAUGGAUGUGUGCUGCUUUAAUCAUGCAUGCUCCAUCGCACGUACGCCAAGAGGUCCAGGCUAUUGCUGCGGGGGCUGGCGCUAGCGCAACUGGCGAAGUUGUUGGAGCUGAGUUCUUUCUUGCUCACGCGGAUUUAACUCCUUCCGAUGACCUGAUUAAAGUUUGGAAGCGGAUCAUAAUGCUUCGCCAUUGGCUGAUCAAAGCUAGACAGGAGUAUCGAGCGAGACAAGCAGAUGAACCUUCGCCAGCCCAUUCAGCUUCGACAGAAGAGCAAGAGCUAACGAAAGACCAAUGCGAUUUAGCCAAGAAGUUGAGGAAAGAGAUUGAUCUGGAGCAAAGCGUGGUGAUGCCAAAAACUUUCGACGAUCUGGUGAAGCAGGUGAUUCAACGAGCAGAGUUUUUGUGUAAGCUGGCGCCACCGUCUGAGGAAGCAGAGCGUCUCAAAGGAGACUCGCAGAUGGCGCUGUUUAAUCUAGCAGAGAAGUGGAGUGCUCAGACAACGCCUCCAUCACUGCAGCCGAUGCUCGAACGCUGGAAGACGCUAGGCGAAGCGGACAGCUCGAAAUGGUCGGGAAUUGUAGAUGUGCUGCGUGCUCAGCAUCGCUGGAGAGCUCGACGAGCGUCCAUACAUGGACAUGCUGUGCCAACAAGCGCCCUGAAACCCUCUGAAAGUGACGCCAGCGCAGAUAUUGAAGGAUCUGAUGACCUGGUGAGGAAGAAAUACGACUACACGAACAGCUUUUCGGCCAUGAUGAAGGCCUGCGAGUUAUACAUUCGUGACGGGACUGGAGCUCCACCUGAAGUGCUCUCACUGCUGUUGGAGAGACGCCAGCGUCGAUUGGAUUCUCGACUCUUCGGUCUUCAAGCGAUAAAGAGCAUUAUAUCGUUGCUGUCGUAUGAUUCGGCUAUCCACAACGCUCUUAUUUUCCUGCGCCCAGCCAUGAGAGGGUUUACUGAGAGCGAAAAAGAGUCUCGUGAGCUGAAUGACGGCCAGAUCGUUGCAGAAACCUUCCGAGCUACCGUUCGCCACCAUUAUUUGAAGGGCCUGGAAGGCUGUAAUCGGCAGACAAUCGAGAGCAUCCAAAGCGCUUUCUGCGAUCUCUACUCCUACCUGGCACAACUUAUCGGUGGGAGCUCGAGCUAUACUGUGUCGGAUCCACAGCUGAAGCAAACGAUUCUGUGCGCCUGGAGUCUGGACUUUGAGCCAAGGGAUCAUCAAUUCCUGCUUGACACGGGAAUACUGUCCAAGCUGCAAGAAAUCUUCUCCAUCAGCUCGGUUCUUCGAGAGGCAGUAGCUAACAGCAGCUCCUCGAGCCACACUCUGUCGUAUAAUGAGUAUUCAAGCAUCAAUUGGCAUCCUUUGUCAGAGGAAUUCGUCCAGCAAGGUCUUCUUCGAAGCGGGUAUAUGACCAAGCGUGAUGUGAUUCGUCUUCUACAUCGAGCUCCUCACUAUGCAUAUUCAGCGGAAUGGUGGAAGAAGAACGAGCUUGAUGUGGAGAGUACAACCGAUGCAGUGCCGUUAACAGCUCGCCACACAGCGUCCUCACUAGCAUUACUGUAUGCUGACAUGCUGGGCAGAUUACAGCAGAAGUUACUCGGUCCACCAUCUCGUACCCACACUUCCAAAGUACUUCAUUUCGGGGCCAAGAUGAGUUCAACUACUGGCCGUGGUGCCCAGUCCUCAUCGAAUCCCAAGCCUGACGAAGUGAGUUACGUAGAGAUGCCAGCGUUGGGCGAAGUGAAAGAUUUUACGAUCGAAAUGUGGAUAUUCCCGACUGAACUGGCUGGAUGUCAAGCCUUGCGAUGCGAUAAUGGCAUUCAAAGUGGCAGCGUUUACCUGGAAUUAAUUGAUCGGAAUUUACAGCUAUCAAUCCCAGGCAAUUUCCCGCGUGAGCGAUUGUUUCGCUCGCACCAGUUCCGGACUUUCGAGUGGACUCAUUGUGCGGUGACUUACAAUGCAACUGAGAAGUGUAUCCAGUUGUUCGUGAACGGAAUGUUGGUGGAGCAAAUGGCAUAUGAACGUGUAUGCUGCUGUGUGAACUUCCGUGAUUCUCGACUUGGCUGCUGGAUGAGUGAGGUAGACGCACAAGGCGCUGCACUCACGAACAUCUCGGCGCAGCGGAAGUUCAGGGGCUCAAUUGCUGAAGUUCGGGUUUGGAGAGUAUCACGUAGUAACCAAGAUAUCGCGCAAGACUUCCAGCGCAGUAUUCCUUUAGUGAGCCCAACUGAAUCCUUAUCCCAAAUGCAGGUGUUUUCCAGAGAUAUGAUCACUUUGUGGCAUUUGACGGAAGGAGAAGGGAUCUGUGGCUAUGAUUGCGCUCCAGUAUUGAAAGCAGCAAGUGAAGAUUUUGAAGAUAGAGGGUUCAAUUCCACCAUCGCGCACUGUCGCUGGGUUCCUGCGAACAUACCAGUCUUCGGAAAUGAUACUCUGGACAACAUGUCGCCGAGUGAAUGGAGUCGAGUAAUGUCAUGUAUUCGUUCCUUCCAACGGAAGGUUCGGUCAUGGCUAUCAACCCAGUUUAACGGGUCUGUUAGGCUAUCGAAACUGGUGUGUGAGCACGAUGAGCGCAUUGCAGUUCAAAAGUGGAGUCAAUUAUCUCGACUCGACGGCGACAGCGUGGACUUGUCGGACAGUGAUAACGCGUACUUGAGUGGCCAAAACGAGAGUGGAGGGAAUAGCCAAUUGAUGGAUGGGACUACGAGCAAACUGCUUUGUCAAUGGAGAGCUUGCACUGACGAGCAGAUGAUUAUUCGCAAGCAGACGAGAAGAUGCGCGUGGGUUGUGUUUCGCUUCUUAGCCUCCACUGGGAUAAGCGGUGCUUACGAACGACGCGAGGGAGAAGCUAAGUCCGUAGCUGCUGUGGCUAAAUUGAAGCGUAAGCAGCGUCUUCAGAAGGCUGGAAGCUCCAGUAAUGUGAUGGCUUCUGUUGGUUCUGACGUACGAGCCCCGAGUUCGGGUUUUACAAGUGAAGACGUUGCUGCUCGCACAGCGGAAGCUGCAAGUGAUGCAGCCAAGAGUGCAGCGACGAACAGAGAACUGGAAGAGCCUGUGCUUCAGACGUUGUGGUUCUCCAAAGAAUUCCACCGCAAGGUGUUUGAAGUUCUGGAGAAGGAGUUGAUUCAAGGCAAAGAGUUAACUGAAGAAGCUGAAGGCCUGACGCGCGCUCAGCGGAUGCUUCGUUCUGUGUCAACGCCAGUUCAAAAGCGAGGCGCAAGCCUUCGUCAGUAUCCGAGCGAUGUAGCGGGUGGCAAGUCUGGAUUUGUGAACAUCCACCAUGCUCCGAGCGAUUUAACAGGAGACAGCGAUGUACUGGAGCCUUUGGAAGUCGAGACGCACUUGUUCGGGGUGUUGUUGUUCAUGCUUUCUCAGAGCCAGCAACACCCAGCGAUAACACAUCUAGUGCGUCCACAUAUGCUUCGAGGACUGCUUGAAAUGCUUCGUCUAGCGUCUCCUCGAUCCCAGCGCGUCGUCAAGCUUCUUCUCCGUCGGAUCUGUUGUAGUGGCAGCGUCAAGCCAUCCGAUGUCGGUGCCAUCCUUGGCUCCGAGUCCGUGCUGAUUGAUUUGCUACUGGAUCAAGUAGCUGAGUCCGUGUGUAGCACAGCAGCACCGAUGGCGACCCAUGCAGUCAAUGUCCCCGCAAGCAGCGCGUUGGUCGGGACAGACGUCUCGAUGGCAUCCACAGAGUCUUUAAGCAACCCAAUCGGGUUCCAUUCUGGUCAAAUCUCGUUGGUCGUGGCCUCGGAAAGUGUGGCGCUAUUACGACGACUACUGAUGGAGAAACAAUGGCAGCAAGGAGUUGCGGAGAACUUGUGCAACGCGAUUCGUAAUAUUACGCCGAUUCUGGCUAGAAAGAAGUCCGGCCCACCGUCUCCAGAUGCGAGAACAAGUGCAGACCCGUCGGAUAUUCGCUUCCGGGCAGCAAUUAUCCGAGCUGUAGGCGCUCUUUGCGUGCUCGGGUCCCACUCAGACUGCAUCCGCAUCGGCGGGAAAGUCGCUGUCGCUGCUCAAGGUACCGAUGGAAACGGGACAGGUGUAAGUGCCGAUGGUAGUGCACAGUUGGUGAGCGCUACGCUCAUCGAGAUGAGCUCACACGCCUCGACAGUUCGCGUUGCUUUUCACCCUACGUCGUCAGAAGUUGACUUCGAUCCUGGUCACAAUGUCCAAGACGUCAAGAUGUCGUCCUUGUCGCCGACUGAGGAGAUUUGUUUGUCCCCAACGGCAGCUCCACUUACGUUGGACAUGAUGCCGGUGAUUCUCCAGCUCGCAUCCUUGGACGAGACAAGCGUACUGAAAGACUUUGACAGCUUGUGGAAACUGCAGAUUCGAUCGCGUGCGCUGUUGGCUCUUGAAGCUCUGCUACGCAACUCGCUGGAUGUGACGAAGAGCUUUGCGCAUGAUACUCUGGCGCAGAAUCUUCUCCGGUUUGCUUUGACUCCGAUCAGUCUCAAUAGCUUUGUGACUUUACCGGUGCUACAGGAGAGAGGUCGAAUGAUUCUUUGUCGGUUGAUUGAGUCUUCAACGCCACUUGGAGGAGCGAUGUUUCACGGGUUAAACGAGCCGACAGCGCCGGCAAUUGCAGCUGAACCAACGAGUCCUUCUAGUAGUGUUGAAGUCAACGAUGACCCCGCAGAAGAGGAGACUGAAGCUCAUCGUGUACGCAGAGGGUUCGCGUCCACUUUGGCUGCGAUGGGCUUUGAGUUUGAAUUGUGUAUGGCUGCGUUGGAACACUCUCGAGAUGACCCGAAUUUGGCGGUGGAGUGGCUGAUGGGCGACGGUGCAGUUACGUACCAGGAGCGUCAAGAAGCGCAGCGUCUAGCACAGGCCAGUAUUGCAGCGCAUGAGUCAGCUGAAGGAGAAGGAGGUCCCGGGCUUACACUUGAAGUCAAGGCAGCGGAGCUGCAGAAUAUCUCUGGGAUGCCGUACUGCCUUGCCUUUUGUGCGCUGGAACUGUCGAAUAGCGACCCCAAUCGCGCGAUGGAGUGGCUGAUGGAGCACGGCAGCAAUUACGCUGAGAAAUUCGAUUCGCUCGACCUGUUAACGGACUCGUUCUCCGCUGCAAGGACCGUCGUCCUCGAAGAUCGAGCUGCAAUGGAAGAAAUCGAUCAACCAGACCCGCUUGUCACGACUUCUGGUCGCCAGGACGCUAUCGCAGCUGAGUAUUUGGGCUCGGCUGCUUCCACGAAAACCGCAGAGCUGUCGUACGCCCCCAAUGUCGACGCGAUGGCUGUGACUCUUGCUCCGAUCUUGGCUCCUGGACCUGCUAAACCCAGUUCUACUACAACAGCACGCGACGCGAGUAUUACUGCUUUCUCGCCACUUGAUCCGGACUAUUUGACUCCUAAUGUUCUUCUGACGGUGACUAGCGACAUUGGACCAGUCCAGCGAUUAGCAACAAGUGGCCGAACCGGUAUAUACAGGCGAUAUUCUCCUGACGAUGGUUUGCUGAUCACGUUCCUGAACACCGAGUCUGGCGCGUACGAAGAUGAGUGGCACUUCCCACGCGACUUGCGGCGUAUUGUGAGGAUCUACGACGAGCCGCUGGAGAGCGUUGAGAGCAUUCAUCGCGUCGCAUUGAGGACGGAAAAUGCGCUUUCCACGUAUUAUGCCAGACGCGCUGUCACAGCUUUGCUCUGUGCUUUUAACUCUGUCGGAACCAACAGUUCAGAUGCGUUAGUGGGUCAAGAUCUCGAAGAUAAGCCACCAAUAGUGCCAUCUUCAUUCUCGAAUGAGAUCCUAAGUGUCGUUGGUGGACCGCGCCAGUUUGUGAGUUUGUUGAAGAUGGUGGCAGCGUCCGAGAUGAAUUCUGCGCAACCUACGGAGGUUGGAGCGAAAACUACAAAGACUCCGGAUAAGUCAACGACGACUGACAGCAACGAGCAACCUCUCUCUUUAUUAGCCAGUCUGCAGACGAUCACGUUGAGAAUGCUCCAUGAAGAAGCAGGGACAAAGAAGUUGGCGAACUCCGAAGUGAAUCUAUCUCGCUUUCAUCCGACAACAGAACCAGGGUUUGGCAGCGACCUAAUUCUUCAGCCGGUCCCUGGCGUUCCAGAGCACGAUGAAGAUGACAAUGACGAGGAUUUGAGUCGAGCGAUUGCCAUGUCCAUCGAAGAAUUCCAACCACUUUCUGUUGAGGGACUAGAUCUAGAAGACGAAGGCAAGAGUGAAGAUCCUCCCAGACACAUGAGAAGAACUCGUCAGCCGUCAGAUACCGAAGCGCAAGAGGUUGCCAGUGCUUAUCUGGGUGGUGGAAUGGAUGAUCACGAUGGUCUGCUAUCCAGUGUGCUCGUCAAAGAAUGCGUCAGUCAUUUUGUGGAGUCAACGCGCAUGGCAGGAGACGGCGCAGGUGAGGCGUCAGUCCAGGAGUUCCAGUCGUUGCACCCAUACUUUGGCCGGUGCGAAUACGCUCGAGCCGUCAGCAUAGACAGUUCCUAUCGCUGCUUGCGUAUUGUAUUCGACCAUCGCUGUCAAUUAGGACCAAAGGCCAAGCUGACGUUCUUCGCGGACCCGGAAUGUGAAGACCGUAUCGGUGUUGUGGACAACUCUAUGACAACGUCAGGUCAUCUAGUUCCGGACUUGAUCAUCCAUUCACACCAGUUCUGGUUCCGCUUCUCGGCAUCAGAAGAAAACGCCACGAAAGAUAAUGGCUACGGGUAUCGUUUCCAAGUCAAACCAAUGGCGAACAUCCGCUGGACGAAAGAGACCGAGGUGCUGGCCAGUCCUUCGUUAGAGUGGGCGUGCUGGGUAUUGGAGCUAUUGCUGAACAAUGCGAUCGAGCUUGUGGCCUAUGGAGCGGUGCAUAACCGCAGAGUCUAUGGAGCACUCGUACGUUAUCUGCGCUCACCAGGAGCUCCAUUUAAGGGCCGUGUGGUGCGUUUACUACAGCAAUUACUGCACCAUCCUGAGCUGUUUCCAGCCGACGAAGUACCAGAACUGGAUGCGCUAGAAUCGAUUGCUCGACUGGCUUUGACGCGUGCAGAAGUCGAUAGAGCAAGUGGCAAGGUGUUCCUCUCCGCACACUUGUUGCAAUUGGUGGAACUGUCGAUGGUGAUAUCCUCUGCGUCGACGAUCUUCAAGUGCAAGCUUGAAGGUGCUGCGUCACCUAUUCUAACAGCCCCGUUCGAGUUACCUGUACCUUUCGAUCGGAAGCGAGUGCGCGACAGUCUCAACGACGUGUCGGAGCUCACGAGAUUCUUGCUCGGACAAACCUCCCGUCUGCCUCAACAUAUCUUGGUUGCGAUCUGGCUAGAAGUGUACGGGGCGUCCGCAGUCAUCGAGACUGCACACCCGUAUACUGCUGGAAAGCCGUUAAGCGGCCUCGUGGCGUUUGAAGGCGCUCAAGCUCUUCGGAUAACGUUCGACUCUCGCUGUUCUCUCGCUCCAGGUCAAGGGCACGGAAUGUCGCGACUGGAACUGUCCACGUUUACGCUGAUUCCAAGUGAAGGCGGCAAUUCUGUCAAAGAAAUCCGUAGCGACCGGACGUAUGCGGGGGAGAGUGGCUGGCCGGAAGGUCCGAUCUCUCAUGACGGCAACAACCUCGAGUACACGUUUCAUGCUGACGAAAAUGCAGGUGAUCACUUCGGCUUUGCUGCUACGGUAAGCGCGCUAGGGAUCCCCAAGGAGAAGCAGAUAACUCGCGCGACAGUACAAGACAUGGGACAGCUCCUCGAGAAGCUCACCUUGAUGCAAACAGAGCGUGAUCAAGACGAUCGCUGGACUCAAGACAUGGACUUGCAGCUCGUGGACUGGGUGAACAACCAUGUGGAACCGGGAGCGUCGCUGUCAGCGACCACGCCAGCGACUACGAGGCAUUCAGUCGACUUGCAACCAGCAGAUAUCAAGCUGAACCAAACGCUAGACGGGUUACGAUGCUCCCAGCUACUCGGUCUGUCGCUGGAGUCACUGCAGCUUCGGUUCGCGUUGCUCAAGUACCUGAAUCUAAGUCUACACCACUGCUUGCCACUACUGGAUCUGCGAGAUACGAAAUCUUCGUGGACGAUCGCACACCGACUGCGACAACUGAGUCAUUGUAUCUUCUUCGACGUCAAGAGUGUGCUAGUGGAAGCUGCGGUCGAGGCUACCAAUGUUCCUGGAGAGACUUCUGGCAGCUCGCAGCAGACAGCGCGAAUCACUUUGGAUCGGAUGCAGGCGCUUGAAUCACGAGAUGAUCGCGAGGUGGAACCGUCCGUGUCCGAGUGUUUCUUCUCACAAGCCUUCCGUCAACUACAUGAUGUAGACCCAGCGCUACUGAGACGUCAAAUCGACAGUAAAGGUCGAUUGUUCAGCGUCAAGUUCCGUGGCGAGGAAGGCGUAGACUGGGGCGGAGUGUACCGCGAAGGUGCCACGUCAAUGGUCGACGACUUGUUCUCUCCACACUUCAGCUUGUUCGUCUUGUGUCCCAACGGCCAACACGACACCGGCAACAACCGGGGAAUGUAUCUGCCCAACCCCAAGUGCACGUCUCCAGUGGCUAUGCAAAUGUUCGCGUUUGUAGGUCAAUUACUCGGCAUCUCGCUGCGUACACACGGAGACUUCCCAUUCAUGUUGCCGUCUCUGGUGUGGAAGCAGUUGCUGGGUCAAACACUCACGCGCGCGGAUCUCGAGGACACGGACGCCAUGUUCAUCCAGAUGCUGGACGGGAUCGCUAACUGCGAGAACGAUGGCAUCUCAACCGAAGAAGAGUUCGCGACGGCGUUUGCUGGUCUGGAGCUACGCUUCACGGCUUCGUCUUGUACUGGAGAGGAGAUUGGACUGGUCCCAGGUGGUCGUCAGCUUACAGUGGAGUUCCACAACCGAUUGGAGUACUGUCGACUAGCAGAGCGUGCUCGUCUGGAAGAAUGCAGUGCUCAGGUGGCUGCGAUGGCUCGAGGGUUCGCGAUGCUCUUCCCUCGACGAGUAUUGACACUAUUGACGUGGCACGAACUCGAGAUUCUCGCGUGUGGCUCGCCUAAAAUCGACUUGGAUCUCUGGAAGCGCCACACUCGCUAUGACGGAUAUGCUGAAGAUGAUCUGACUGUGCAGCUCUUCUGGGAGGCGCUGGCUGAGUUCUCAGAUGAGCAACGUGCAGACUUUGUUCGCUUCGCAUGGGGUCGCAGUCGUCUACCGCGUGGCAAGUGGCCACAGCCUUUCAAGUUGUCCAAGAAAGGAGGACGCGAUGCCACGCGCAGUCUACCUGUUGCUCACACGUGCUUCUUCUCGGUCGAACUCCCACCUUACACGUCGAAAGAAACCAUGCGCUCCAUGCUGCUUGCUACCAUCACCUUCGGUCUUGGUGGCAUCCUCAUGGCUUGAAUAUUUUUCAUAUGUAGUUGUAAAUUCAUGUACCUGAACAAAACUCGCUUAUGGACACAACAGAAGAAGAAUCAGAAACAAUGCGAGCGCUUACUUGACUCACUCGAUUCAUGU